AUGAAUUUUAAGAAAAAAUUAUCUUCUCCUAUUUCUCCUCCUCCUCUCGAAUCUCCAGGCGAGGAUAUUGAUAGGAUGAUGAGAUGUUUUUAUGUCCCCAACCCAUUCAAAAGGAAAUGCACCAAUUUGUUAUCCAAUAACAAUUAUUCAUCUUCCACAGCUACCAACACUUUCACUAGCCAUGCACCUGGAAUCAUGAAAGCAAUGCAGAUGCUUGAAGUUCAAUUUGGAAGUUCACAUGCAUCCUCAAGUAAUAAUAAUAUUGAAGAUGUCAGCAACGUUAACAACAUGACGAUGAAUGCAUCUACAGAUUUUUAUCAUCCCGGUCAUCAGGGACAUUUGUCGUUUCAUUCACAAGGAUUGUUAUCACAAACAAUAAACUUUGAUGCUGCUCAUGGUGAUGAUAUUAGAGUUGGUAACAAAAUAAAUUGGAAAAGGAAGAAGAGUAAUGAAAAUUUUGAUGAUGGUAGAAUCCACAGUCUACCAUUCAAGAAAUAUGGACCAUACACAUGUCCAAAGUGCUACGAAGUAUUCAAUACAUCCCAAAAAUUUGCUAGUCAUGUGAUGUCAAGUCACUAUAAGUUCGAAAGUGAAGAGGAAAAAAAGAAGAGAUACAUAUCUAAGAUUAAAAAGAGAUGA